UCUCAGGGGCUGUGGUCUUACACCUUCUUCUGGGGCAACGAUGGGCCAUUUCCAGCAGGGACGGUGCAGCAUCACCCCGGAUGCCUGACUGCCACACACCUCCAGAGCAUCACACUGUCUAAAAAGUGGAAGUGACAAAAGAGGAGGCUCUCCGGUGCAUGGAGAGAAGGAAGAAGGCGAUCUCCUAAUUGGUACCAUAUACAUCAGAUGGAUGGUUUCUAGCCUGCUUCCAAACCCCACCUCAGCUGAGUGUUGGGCAGCCCUUCUACAUGAUCAUAUGACUCUUGAUAUGGACGCAGUCCUGUCAGACUUUGUUCGGUCCACGGGGGCAGAACCUGGUCUGGCCAGAGACCUGCUGGAAGGCAAAAACUGGGACCUGACCGCCGCUCUGAGUGACUAUGAGCAGCUCCGCCAGGUGCACACAGCCAACCUGCCGCAUGUGUUCAACGAGGGCAGGUGCCCCAAGCAGCCAGAGCGAGAGCUGCCCCAGCCCGGGCACAAGGUGGAGCGGCCCUGCCUGCAGAGGCAGGACGACAUCGCCCAAGAAAAGCGACUUUCCCGAGGGAUUUCUCACGCCAGCUCAGCCAUCGUCUCCCUGGCCCGGUCACACGUGGCGAGUGAGUGCAACAACGAGCAGUUCCCCCUGGAGAUGCCAAUCUACACAUUCCAGUUGCCAGAUCUGAGCGUCUACAGUGAAGACUUCAGGAGCUUUAUCGAACGUGACCUGAUCGAGCAGGCAACAAUGGUAGCUUUGGAGCAGGCAGGUCGCCUGAACUGGUGGUCUACUGUGUGCACAAGCUGUAAACGGCUUCUUCCUUUGGCCACGACAGGUGACGGGAACUGCCUUUUACACGCCGCCUCACUGGGAAUGUGGGGGUUUCACGACCGGGACCUGGUUUUGCGGAAAGCUCUCUACACCAUGAUGAGGACCGGGGCUGAAAAGGAAGCCCUGAAGCGGAGGUGGAGGUGGCAGCAGACGCAGCAGAACAAGGAGUCAGGGCUGGUGUACACCGAGGAGGAGUGGGAGCGAGAGUGGACAGAGCUGCUGAAGUUGGCCUCCAGCGAGCCGCGCACGCACUUCAGCAAGAACGGCGGCACGGGAGGGGGCGUGGACAACUCUGAGGACCCCGUGUACGAGAGUCUGGAAGAGUUCCAUGUUUUUGUCCUAGCCCAUAUAUUAAGAAGACCGAUCGUUGUUGUAGCAGAUACGAUGUUGAGGGACUCGGGCGGAGAAGCAUUUGCUCCGAUCCCGUUCGGAGGGAUUUACCUGCCCUUGGAGGUACCUCCCAACAGAUGCCACUGCUCACCUCUGGUUCUUGCCUAUGAUCAAGCGCAUUUCUCUGCCCUUGUGUCUAUGGAGCAGAGAGAUCAGCAAAGAGAACAAGCCGUGAUCCCCCUGACCGAUUCAGAGCACAAGCUGCUGCCUCUGCACUUUGCGGUGGACCCUGGGAAGGACUGGGAGUGGGGGAAGGACGACAACGAUAACGCCCGGCUGGCCCACCUGAUCCUGUCACUAGAAGCCAAGCUGAACCUUCUGCACAGUUAUAUGAAUGUGACGUGGAUCCGGAUCCCCUCCGAGACCAGGGCCCCUCUGGCGCAGCCGGAGUCCCCAACAGCCUCCGCGGGGGAGGACGUGCAGUCCCUGGCCGACUCGCUGGACUCGGACCGCGACUCGGUGUGCAGCAAUUCCAACAGCAAUAAUGGCAAGAACGGGAAAGACAAGGAGAAGGAGAAGCAGCGCAAGGAGAAGGACAAGACCCGCGCGGACUCCGUGGCCAACAAGCUGGGCAGCUUCAGCAAGACGCUGGGCAUCAAGCUGAAGAAAAACAUGGGCGGCCUCGGCGGCCUGGUGCACGGCAAGAUGGGCCGCGCCAACUCCGCCAACGGCAAGAACGGCGAUGGGCCCGAGCGCGGCAAAGAGAAGAAGGCCAAGUCGCGCAAGGGCAGCAAGGAGGAGUCGGGCGCGUCGGCGAGCACGUCGCCCUCGGAAAAGACCACGCCGUCGCCCACGGACAAGGCGGCGGGAGCGUCGCCGGCCGACAAGGGCGGCGGGCCGCGGAGCGACGCCUGGAAGUACAGCACGGACGUCAAGCUGAGCCUCAACAUCCUGCGCGCCGCCAUGCAGGGCGAGCGCAAGUUCAUCUUCGCCGGCCUGCUGCUCACCAGCCACCGGCACCAGUUCCACGAGGAGAUGAUCGGUUACUACCUGACCAGCGCGCAGGAGCGCUUCAGCGCGGAGCAGGAGCAGCGGCGCCGCGAUGCCGCCGCCGCCUCCACGGCCAAGCGGCCGCCGCGCAGGCCGGAGCGGCGCUGCCAGCGCGAGAACUGCGCGUUCUACGGGCGCGCCGAGACCGAGCACUACUGCUCGUACUGCUACCGCGAGGAGCUGCGGCGGCGGCGCGAGGCGCGCGGGGCCCGGCCCUGA